AAUUCUCUUGGGGGCCUCUGAAACCAAAAGAGAGGUCAGGCUACUACAACUAUUGUUAUUAUUACACUUUUUCAGUUUGCCCGGCUGCAGCUAGCAGUUCCACUUUCCUCGCUCUGUACUUUCUCUGUUUUGCGAAUGAAAAUGGCAGAGGAAGAGAGCUGGUAACUAUUCUAUCUUGCUAUCUGCGCUCUCUCCCCAUUCAUUUGGUUCACAUUCUGUUCCGUUGCUCCAAGCUGAAGGGAGAGAUGGGUUCGGGUUCAUUUUCGUGUUUGGGUUCGACUGUGGAAUCGCUGAGGGGAAUGUUGCUAGCUGAGCGACAAGCUUCGAGGGUGGCUAAUGAAGAGGCAGAGCAGCUGGCUGACAAGCUGAGGGAGCUGGAGAAGAAGCUAAAGGAAGAGACUAAACAGAAGUGGAAAGCUGAAAAGAAGCUGACAUUCCUCGUGAAGAAGCUCCAGUCCUUGAAUAACAUUUCUUCUUCCCUCACACCCCAGGAAUUAUACUGUUCACCAUCAGGAAGCUCAUCGUCGUCCAUUCUUAACACUUCUUCUUCAAGCCACAAAGACCCAGAAGAAGGAGAAUCCAAAGUCCCCAAAAUAAGGAUCCCAGAUAGGCACUAACUUUUUCGUCCACACUAAACCAAAAACUUUAUCAUAAUGGCAUUUCAAAUAAUGUUUCUGUUUCGUCAUUUUAUUUUGGGUAUGUGGGCUCUUUUUUCUUUUGUUAUUGUUGCUACCGACCAGUUCAUCGCGCUGGAGGAAUGAAAUUGAAGGGAGUGAUGGGUAACUCUCAACGGCAUGUGUCCCUGCAAAUGUGAGUAUGGGCAGUAGCAGUCACCAUUCCAAGAGCAACAGCGCGAGUGGCAAGUUAAAGAUGAGUGAGAAAGAAGUUGGGGAGGACGGAGGAGCUGCCUGAUUACAGUCGCCCCCAUUUGAUGCCAUUAAUGUAUGAAAAUGGAAAAUAAAAUAGUCAUUCCAUUAAAAGAAUUUAUAGCAACUUGAUUGGCCCUGUUAAUGCCCUCAUAGCUUAACCAAACUUGGGCCAUUGCUGAUUGCACUGAUAAGAUCUGUUUG